AUGGGACAAGACUCCAUGCCUGUUGGUUCUAUGUGUGUUGGAAUGAGUGUGAUGGCAGCAGCCUGGAAGUUGCCUUUGAAUCAAUUGGAGACUGGGGUCUUAUCACUACAGAGUUCUGGGGGAGACAUCCUACUCUACCAUGUUGACUUCAAGUGGGACUAUCUUUGUGAAGAUGAAGGUGUCUUUUCCCUGGCUGUUGUGGCCCAAGUUACGGUUGGCAAAAUUGCUGAAGAUGGAUUAGCCAUUGAAGGAACAGAGAUUGUCUCCUUUGUUUCAGAGUAUGAGAUUGACUUGAUGGAUGACUCCUUUGGCUGGUUUGACGUCCCGGUGACAUUUGGAUCCAUGUGUGUUGGCUUGAGCAAGGAUGGCAGCAACUUUGAGGUGACCUUUGAGUCUACAGGAGACUGGGGUCUCAUCACAACUGAAUUCUGGAUGGGAGACAACGUACACGGCGUUCCCUUUGACGAGGAGGGUUCCCUGGAUUUGGAGAGCUUCCCAUACUAUUGUGACCGUUGGCAAGAUGUCGAAGAUGGUCUGGCCAUUGAUGGUACAGAAAUUGUUUCCUUUGCUUCGGAAUAUGAGAUUGAUUUGAUGUAUGACUCUUUUGGUUGGUUUGAUAUCCCAGUGACCUGUGCUUGUGAACAAAAGAAGAACGAGUGUUCUGAUGAUCAAAGGGAACCCAAGAUUCUCAAACCUGAAUGUCAAAAUGUUAUUGCAGGUGACUCGACUAGUGUUGGUUCUAUUUGUGUUGAGUUGAGCAAUGAUGGCAGCAGCUUGGAAAUUGCCUUUGAAUCAAUUGGAGACUGGGGUCUUAUCACCACAGAAUUUUGGGUAGGAGACCAUGUUACCAGUGUUCCCUUUGAUGAUGAUGGUGCCCUGGAUGUGGAGAGCUUCCCAUACUAUUGGUGCAACUCCACAGGAGAGACUUCCCAUACCACACUUGUUGACUUCAAGUGGGGUUAUAUGUGCGGAGAACAGGACUACUUCUCUCUUGCUAUUGUAGCGCAAGUUACGGUUGGCAAGUUGUCUGAGGGGGGCAAUGCAAUUGAAGGCACCGAGCUUGUCUCCUUUGCUACCAAGUACGAUAUUGACUUGAUGGAUGAUUCCUUUGGCUGGUUUGAUGUCCCUUUGACCUGUGUUUGCAAAAAACCUGCUUGUGUUGAACCCAAGCCUCCAAGCCCUGAUUGCCACAAUGUUCUGGCUGGCGAUAACACUCCAGUUGCAUCCAUCUGUGUUGAUUUGAGCAAUGAUGGCAGCAGCCUGGAUGUUGUGUUUGAGUCUACAAGGGACUGGGGUCUUAUCACGACUGAGUUCUGGGUGGGUGACAAUGUAACUAGUGUUCCGUUGGAUGAUGGCGCCUUGGAUGUGGAGAGCUUCCCAUACUUUUGGUGCAACUCCUCAGGGGAGGUAUCACAUACCACUCAUGUUGACUUCAAGUGGGAGUAUCUUUGUGACGAGCUGGAUGAGUUUUCUCUUGCUUUUGUUGCCCAAAUCACCGUGGGCAAGAUGUCUGAAGAAGGUGACGCUAUCGAGGGAACAGAAAUAUCAUCCUAUGCCACAAAGUACGAGAUAGACCUGCAGGACGAGAUCUUUGGUUGGUUCGAUUAUGGAAUUGUGUGUGGAUGCAAAGCUUCCAAAGAAAGCAAUGGAAAGUCAGCAUCCACAGCUGUGACCCCCAAUGGCUGCGUGAGUGGCGUCCUAGUCGACCACACGGUGGCGACUGUGCCGGUGCUCGGUGUCUUUGUGAAGGGAUCUGCUUCUGUAUCACAUAGUUUGCUUGUUCCAAAGAAUGCCGAAACCAUGUCCUUCCAGUUCAAGUUGCAUCAAAUUGACCUGUGGGAGCGUCUGGACAAGGUUGUUGCGUCAUUGAAUGGUGUUGCCAUCGAUCUGGGUGCCCUCGAGCAGUUCGAUCAUCGCAACAAUCCUAUGAACUACCAAAGCGGAACUCUGCUGAAUGGCGAGGUUUCCUGGUCUCGCCACAAGGUGCUGGAUACCAAUGACUACAACGACCAAGUGCAUUUGGUGCAGGUGACCGUUGCAGGAAAAUACUUUGCAUCUGGCAAACUCGACGUUGAGUUCCAUGCAAGCUUAUCGCAUUCCGCAGCCAGUCAGAGUGCUUCGAUUCGCGAUUUGGAGAUAGUUGCUUCCGGUUAUUGGUGCAAAGAGGACCUUCCAAAGUUGCCCUCCAACAACAACAAAGAGAUGUUGGCAGCGCCCACGUUUGCUCCUUCCGCGAAACCGUCGCUGGCAGGCUUUCAAUGUACAUCGUCUCAUUUGGUUGUUACGGAGGACUUUGAGGCAGAAGAUUGCGAAGAUCUCUGGCACGAAGGUACCGUGUCCUACGGCAGUAAUUUUUCGCACUUUUUGGGUCGCAUGGGCCGUGGCAACGAAUACAUUUGGCGUGAAUUUGAGGUGCCCGUGGCGGAUGGUGAUGUGACGGCCGAGAAUGUGACGAUCGAAUUUGCCCUCUACCAACUUGACGACUGGAGUGAAGGAACUUUCAGUGUUAUUGUUGGUGAAACUGAAAUUUUGCUGCAAGGCAUCGCUUCGGAGCCUACGGAAGACUUUGUCAGCGGGUUGGUCGAUGGCAUUGCCUGGUGGCGCGAAACGUUUGUGCAAGGCUUUGACCUCGGCUUUAACACCGACGCGGACAAGAAACACUUGGUGGAAUUGACUGUGCCCGGCGACAAGUUUAGUGCCAAUGGCACCUUGUUGCUUGGAUUCAAGGCCGAUUCCGAUGUCAGCGUGUCCCACCACAGCGCGGGAGUGGACAAUUUGAACAUUACCGCAAACUACGAUUGCAACAACGAUCAACGCUCGUUAUUGGCAGCAGCAGCCUCGACGUACGACAAGAAACAAGACCUUGUGGUUGCCAAAGAAACCUACGAAUCCGGCCAAGUCAUUGGCUGGGUCAACGGCCUGAUUUCUCAGAAUGAUCGCCGCGGACACUUUUUGGGUCGCCUUGGACUCGAGAAUGACUUUGUGUCCAAGACCUUCCGUGUCCCACCGACCGCCGAGUCGAUGUCGCUCGAGUUUGACCUGUACACGUUGGGCAACUACCCCUGGCGCGUCAAGUCGGACCAAUUCCAUGUCAAGAUUGGCAUUACCAGUGUGCACGUUGGCAGUCUCCGCAAUUUGCAAGACAGCGGCAGUGUGAAGAGCAUUUCCUGGACUCGUGCGGUGGAUCCUACGGACAGCAAUCUCCAUCAUGUUACCAUGGAUAUCGCCUCGUUGUACUUUCCAUCGGGCGAGCUCAGCGUUGGCUUUCACAUCAUGACGACCGAUUCGAUUGCCAAGAAGAGUGUCGGUGUGGAUAAUCUCAUAAUCACAGCCCGUGCUGUGCAUACUACCGCCUCUGACCAAGAGAGAAAGAAGACGAAUGAACAAGCGACAACAACAACAAAGAAAGAGAGCACAUCAUACUCUCACUACCAAGCUCCUACCACGAAACAAGAACCAGUCAAGCAGCGCCCCGUGCGCAACCACGGUGGAGUCUGUUACUCCGAAGAUUUCCCCUGUGGCGGUGACAAACCAGGCAUGGUUUACAUCUGCCACUACUCUAUCAAGAAGGGGUACCAGACGUACUGCCUGAAUGAAGAGGACACUGAUAUUGUCCGAUCCUAUGCCGAUGAUUACUGUGGCCCUUGUGUCGGUGGUUACGGCCAGCAGCAGGGCUACUCGUACCGUUCCUAG